AUGUUAUUGAUAAUUAAAUAUUAGGGCAGAAUGAAAUAAUUGAAUUUGGAUAGAAGAAUAAAUGUUUAGUCUUUAUAAAUAUUGUUAGGCCAAUUAUUUAGCAUAAGAAAUAAAAUAGUUGGAUUAAUUGAUUUAGAUGGUAAAUCUUAAUUAAUAAAGUAUAAGCAAUUAUUUUGAUUUAGGAUAAUAAUUAAAUCACACAAGAUGUAGCAAUUAUACGAUGGUAAGUGAUGAUAUAUAAAAUAUGGAAGACAUUAAGUUAAAGCAAACACAUUUAAAACAAAGUUCGAUUUCAAAUUAAAAUAAUAAACUUUAAUUUAUAGACUUUAUUUACGAUAUAGAUGAGUUUUAAAAUAUUUAGGAGAUGAUUAAUACACAUGCAUAUAUUUAAUUGAUGAAAAAGAUGUAUCAGCAUUUGAUUUUCUAUGUUCUUUGGAGAAUUUAAUAAAUAAUCUGA